CAAGCACGAGAGCUGUGUCAAUGUUUGUGGGCUGGGUUUGAGUUACUAACCGUUUUAGACGUCUGUUAGCUGUCCAUAUUUCUUCUUCCUUGUGUCAACACAGGCUAGUUCGGCGCGAGCACCUGCCCCACCCCCGCCCCCACCCCUGGGGCAGUGAGCAGAUUUAGCCUUCACACGUGUUGACCGUCCCGGCGAGUCCAGCCAGGAAGUGACGUCAUAGCGCGGGAAAAUGAGAUGUAACCUGUCCAAACUGGUCCGGUGGACGACGGUCACGGUCGUCUUCAUCGUCUGCAUCAACGUCUUCGUCUUCAUCCACUCCCCACGUGCGGGGACGUACAUGGCCCCCUCCGGUCCACUGGCCAUCCCCCGAUACGAGAAAGGAAAGAGCAGCAGCUUCAACUCCAGCAUCACGUGCCCGGGUCUUAGCUUGUCUAAAGCUGACGUCAGGGUCGGCUUUCAGCACGUGCCGGGAACUCCCAAGAUUCUCGUCUACUCGGCCUUUUACCUAGAGAACCAGGUCAAGGUCAUUGGCCUGGUGGAGCUCAACGUGGGUAUUCGCUUGACCUGUCAAUUGUGGUACGAUGACGUCACGGGUGAUCCGCUGGUCACGGUGGAUGCCAAGGUGUCUUACAUUCCUGAGGAUCAUUCUAGAAGGCUAUCGGCAGCGAUCAUCUUCUGCGCUGUGCCGGAAAACUUGCACCGGAUGGCGCCCCACUCGGUCAGUCUGGUCAGGGAGAGAUGCGACACCCCAGAGAACAUCCUGCGGGUGGCGGGCCCGGCCCCCGCCCGGUACGAGUUCACGGUGUGUGUGACGCCCCUCAACUUCAGGUACAGCCGGGCCUAUGAGCUGGUGGAGAUGGUUGAGAUGAACAAACUGCUGGGGGCGCAGAGGGUCGUUUUUUACAACCACAGCACUGGCGCUAAUGUUGACAAGGUGUUGGACUACUACAUUCAGCGUGGCGACAUUGAAGUCCUUCCGUGGCACCUCCCGCUCAAGACAGAAACAUGGCCGCCUUCAGGCGACCCGGAUGUGCAUUACUUCGCUCAGCUCGCGUCACUCAACGAUUGCUUGUAUCGAUACCGCAAUCAAUCCCGAUACAUUGUUUACACGGAUAUAGACGAGUUUAUCGUGCCCAGAAACCGUGACAACUGGCACGAACUAGUCCAAGACUUUAUCCAGAAACAUCCGGCCAUGUGUAGUUUGACCGCAAUGUGUACAUUUUACCGUAAAGAAUGGCCGAAAAUCGCCGCAGGAUUCGAAUCCCCGGCCAAGCAGUUUAAAUCUGUUGUACUGACACACACGCUGCGAGAAAAGACGAUACUACCCUACGGCUCGCGGUCCAAGUACAUCGUGGCGCCCCAUCAGGUGGGCGUGGUGGGCGUCCACCAGGUGUGGAGCUGCCUGGGGGAGGAGGUGAGGCUGUCCCAGGACGACGCCCUCCUCCACCACUACAGGACGUGGGAGGCGCCCCUUGACCCCCAGCCAAGGGUGGAAGACGAGACUGCUGUAAAAAAGUUUGGCCCAGCGUUAGCUCAAAGAUUGGAGGCUGUAUGGAAGGAGCUGCCAAAUAUUCCGCUUGAUGUCAACAUCUCUUCCUAUGGCCAGGUUUCCUGACUAUGAGCCUGGCAUAGUUUAAAUUCAUGAGCAAUUUUAGUGAUACAUUUUUAUUCUUCUAGCUUGUGAUAAUUUUUUAAUAAAAUUAUUUUAUUUUAACAUAUUUUUUUUGAAGAAUGUGAAAUUAAAUGUGAUUUUAAUAUUUAUCAUUUUAUGAAUGAAUAAUGUGCUGAUGUUUAUAUUAAAAAAUUACUGAAUAGAAUGGCCAUUCACAAGUUCAUUAGCCUACCAAUCCAUAAGUGCAAUCCUGUGGCUAAAUUAGCUACAAAUAGAGCAUUAUUUAUUCAUUU